GAAAACCGGAAGUGUUAUGAAGUUGCUGGAAAAGCAUAGGCUUCUCUUCCUCUCUAAAUACACAAACAAACCGAGAGACCGAUUUACGGACUGUGCGAAGUGUAUUACUAGUACGGGGGUUGUGCAGUGGUCCUGACAUUUGCGUUAACAGCUGCUUUCGAGAGUCAGCACCCCCCUCCGUCCCGCAGAAAGAGAAGAAGUUUAACUAUGACAGACAAAGAAGGAGAGGCAGAAGUGAAAAUAGACAAAGCAGAUGGCAGCAUUUCCAGCAGUCCUGAAGGCACUGAAGAGACCUCUGUAGCUGAUGAAGGCAAGGAAACCUCAUCAGGCAUUGAAGUAGAAGCUUCAGAUGCCAGUUUAAGCUUGACUGGAGAUGAAGCCACUGCAGAUGAUGUAUCCACUGUGGCGCAUACAGGACGGAAACGUCGAGGCAGCAGACGAGAAAAAGACCUUGAGAGCUCUGAUGAAGAGGAGGAGGAAGACUCUGACAGCAUGGAUGACACUGGUAGAUAUUCAAUAAAUGAUGACAAUAAUAAUCAUGACAGAUCAAAUUCUGACGACGAUGAUGAUGAUGAGAAUAAAAUGGAAGAGGAGGAAGGUGGGGAUGAUGAGAGCCUCAGGAGACGGAGAAGACGCCACCCAGCCAAGCGUUCCUCAACUGAGCGAGACAAGGACUCUUCAGAUGAGGAGCGGGCACUGGAGGACUGGGUGACUUCGGGGGUUCAAGAUCUUCCUCGUCCUAGCUGGUACUCCAUACUUGCAUUGCGUGAGCGGCAGUUGGGUCGUGGCCUGCACUUCAUCUAUGAUGCAUGCGGCUCCAGGUCUUUUGUUCAGCGCUUUAAGAUGCAGUAUAGUCUGGAGAAGCAUAACGGUUGUGUUAAUACACUGCACUUCAACCAGCAUGGUACCUGGCUGGCCAGUGGUAGUGAUGACCUCAAAGUAGUGAUCUGGGACUGGGUUUAUCGAAGGCCGGCCUUAGAAUUUGACAGUGGACACAAGAGUAAUGUCUUCCAGGCCAAGUUCUUGCCCAACAGUGGUGACUCUACCUUGGCAAUGUGUGCAAGAGAUGGGCAAGUUCGUGUUGCAGAACUUUCUGUCACCCAGCGUUGUAAGACAACUAAGAAAGUUGCUCAACACAAAGGAGCAUCACACAAGUUGGCCGUUGAGCCUGACUCACCUUGCACCUUCCUGUCAGCAGGAGAAGAUGCCGUUGUUUUUUCAAUUGAUCUUCGUCAGGAGCGACCCGCUACGAUUUCUAUUCAUGAAUAUUCUUUUGAGGAAGCUGAUAAUUUUGUUAUGGGUGAUUUAGAUUCUGAAACUGCUUCUAGCUCUGUUUUGGAUUUUGGUAGUGAUGCCUUGCAUACUGAGCGUUUCUGUACUGGAUAUGGCAAACUUACUGUUCCAAGGUACCUCAACUUAUUAAGUAUUUUUAAUCCUACAGAAGACCCAGCUGUGAUUUAUCUGUCUAAAACUGCUUCUGUUAGACAGUUUACUGAUGUUAACCCCAUUUUCUCUGAUAAAGAUGGAAAAAGCAUUUAUACUCCUGCACAGAUAAAUAGCUCGUCAAAGGCCAAUGUAACCUGCCUUGUCUACAGCUAUAAUGGAGCGGAAUUGUUGGCAAGUUACAACGAUGAGGAUAUUUACUUAUUUGACUCUAGCCAUAGUGAUGGUGCUGAGUUUACCCAGCGUUACAAAGGACAUCGAAACAAUGCUACAGUGAAGGGUGUGAAUUUUUAUGGCCCCAAGAGUGAAUAUGUUGUGAGUGGCAGUGACUGUGGACACAUCUUCCUGUGGGAUAAGUCAUCCUGCCAGAUUGUUCAGUUUAUGGACGGAGACAAAGGAGGUGUGGUGAACUGUUUAGAACCUCACCCUCAUUUACCUGUUCUGGCAACCAGUGGUUUGGAUCAUGACGUGAAAAUCUGGGCACCAACUUCAGAAACCCCUACAGGGCUUAAUGGCUUAAAAGAGACUAUAAAGAAGAACAAGCGAGAGCGUGAUGACGACAGUUUAAAUCACUCUGAUCUUUUUGAUAGCCACAUGCUUUGGUUUCUGAUGCGCCACUUGAGACAAGGACGUCACCGCAGGCAUCGUCAUGAUCCUGCUGCUGGGGGAGAUGCAGACUCUGAUGAUUCGUCCAUGUCAUCUGAUACCCUAGAUGAUGAUGAUGAGGGGCCUGACCGUGUACAGUGUAUGCCUUCAUGAACAAGUUAGAGAUAAAAAAUGAGCUGCAAACAUUUAAAAGGGAUAUCACAAACUUAGGAGUAUCGGCAAUGCUGUGCAUGUUGUUAUGCUUCCACUUUUGGGAGCCUUUGCUACUGAGUGCGACUCUUGGAAAUGGGAAGAUAAUUUUACACAUUAUAAGUUCCAAAAUGUUACAGAAUGCCAAAAAGAUCUGCUUCCCAGGCAUCAUCUCCAGACCACAAGAGAAAUAUUUGUAGAACAUGUAGAAAGGCUGUCAACUUGAUGGCUAGAUAUGCAUUUAAUUUACAGUUCCUGGCUGUCAGUCCUGCCUGCUCCAAUGAUGAGUUUCUGGAUGUGCAGAAGAGAGAAAGAGAGAAUCCACUGUUUUGAGACUGGAGAACUUUUGUUGAAGAUUUCUAGUUUUUUACUAAAAAUAAGAGAAGUGACUCUGAAAGGACAUGGACCUUUUUUCCAGAUAAUGUUUAAGAAAAAAAAAUCUAUAUAUAAAUAUUAUAUAUAUAUAUACAUAUAUAUAUAUAUUAAAAUUAAAAACACUUUGAGAAAAAAAAAAAAGAGAAAAACAAAUGUAGAUCACACACCAUUGCAAUAAUUUUCAGUUUUGCCACAUGCAGCCAGAGGGGAAGAAGAGGAAUUUGUGGAGGGUCAUCGGUUGAUGCUAUGAAAAUGUUUUGAGCCACAGUGUAACCUUGUCACAGGUGUAGCUGACUGCAGCUAUCUGUUUAUGUAUGUUUGGAGAAAGGGCUACACUGUGAGUGCACUGGGUUGUAACUCAAGUACAUCUGAUGCACUGUGGUGUCUGUGGUGUGGCAAGUCAAACUUUUACUUGACGUAAUGGAGAAAGACGUGUGCUUUUUGCUUCCAUUGGCUGUUUGAUUUGAAAUGUUCAUUGAUUAUAAUUAAUAUUUUUCCUCAGUAAAACUGCUUUUGUGUUC